GGGGGCGCGAGGCAAGGCGCGUGCGCUGUCGGUCGGUCGCCUGUCGCCUAUCGCCCGUCGAGCGGGUCGGAGGGCCAUGGCGAGCCCGGGACGCGACGGCGACCUCCUCCGACACGCCGCCCCCGCAGCAGGUGGUGCACCAAACGUGACGGAAGUCGAUGGCUUUUACGAUCGCCUCCACAGUGAAACGUUUGAUCCAGCGGCUAAAUACAAGAUGGAGUAUAAGCGGAGAGGGGUUGCUCUGAUCUUCAAUCACGAGCGGUUCUACUGGCAGUUGAAGCUGCCAGACCGACACGGCACUAGGGCAGACCGCGAAAACCUAAUUCGCAGGCUUUCGGCUCUCGGAUUUGAAGUGAAGUGUUUUGAUGAUCUUAAAGCUGAAGAAGUAAUGCUGAAAAUUCAUCAGGCAUCCAGCUCUAACCACGCCGAUGCCGACUGCUUCUUGUGCGUAUUCCUGAGUCACGGCCAAGGAAACCACGUCUACGCCUACAACGGCAAAAUCGACAUUCCAGAGAUGACGAGCAUGUUCAAAGGAGACCAGUGCCGGAGCUUGGUAGGAAAGCCCAAGAUAUUUAUCUUUCAGGCCUGUCGGGGAGAACAGCACGACGUGGGAGUGGUACCCCUGGACGUCGUAGACAGUAAGAUAAGCGAGCAGGACGUAAACGAAACCGAAGUGGACGCUGCCUCAGUCUACACGUUGCCGGCCGGAGCCGACUUCCUCAUGUGUUAUUCGGUCGCAGAAGGUUACUAUUCUCACCGUGAAACCGUCAACGGCUCCUGGUACAUCCAAGACCUGUGUGAGAUGCUGGGGAGGUACGGCUCCUCUUUGGAGUUCACAGAACUCCUCACCUUGGUGAACAGGAAGGUGUCUUACCGCAGGGUGGAUUUCUGCAAAGACCCGAGCUUAAUUGGAAAGAAGCAGGUUCCUUGCUUCGCCUCAAUGCUAACUAAAAAGUUGCAUUUCCUUCCUAAAGCUCAAUAGAGGGUGAGGGAAGAGGAUGUUUUCAACGUGGAGACUCUGGAAAAGGUUCUACAUCUCCUCGUGGAAUUUCCGUCCUUAGUUUAGAGCUCAUCUCGUGCUCCUGUGGUGGUGCUUUUUUAAUCAAGUAGGAUAGUUUCGAACCCCCAGACGGUUAAGGGAGUAGGGAGAGAAAUGAUCAGUGGUAUUUAGGGAGCGCUUACUGUGCGCAGGGCACGGUACAACAGAGUACACACGCUGUCUCUCCGGGGAGGAGAGAUGAGCCGGGGCUGUUUUGCAUGCACAGAGAGGGCAGUGACUUGCCGCGUGGGGUGGACCAGACCGUUUGGGGCCGGGUGGCCUCCUCGAGGUUGCUGGGACUCAGUCCCCUCCCCUCCUACCUCUUAACCCCAGCCGGCUAAACAGCGGUGCCAUCAGCCACUUGUCAGCUGUGUGACUGUGGGCAAGUCACUUCACUUCUCUGUGCCUCAGUUCCCUCCUCUGUAAA